UACGGUCGGCGGGAAGGAGCCGGCGCGCGGGGCGGCGCGCGGCACUGUGCCUGCGGCUCCCGCGGGGCGAGGCGGGCAGGGCCGGGCUGGGGCCGCCGCUCCGCUCCCUCCGCACCCUCAGCGCCCGGCGCUGCCUCCGUCCGGCACCGGCCUGCUCGGGUGAAGCCGAGACCGUACAGGGCUGAGCCGCCUGCUCCCGGACCGGUGACGGGAAGGACUGACGGACCCCAGCGCCCAAACCAGUCCCGGUCUUCAAGAUGUCAUUGAAGGUGCAGACGAGCAACAUCACGAACAAGAAUGACCCCAAGUCCAUUAACUCCAGAGUCUUCAUUGGCAAUCUCAACACAGCCGUGGUCAAGAAGUCCGAUGUGGAAACCAUUUUCUCCAAGUACGGCCGGGUGGUGGGCUGCUCGGUUCACAAGGGCUACGCCUUCGUACAGUACUCCAACGAGCGGCACGCGCGCGCCGCCGUCCUGGGCGAGAACGGACGGGUGCUUGCUGGCCAGACGCUGGAUAUCAACAUGGCCGGGGAGCCCAAACCCAACAGACCUAAAGGGCUGAAGAGAGCAGCCUCCGCCUUGUACAGCGGCUACGACUUCGACUAUGACUAUUACAGGGACGACUUCUAUGACAGGCUCUUCGAGUACCGGGGCCGGGUCUCUCCGGUACCCAGGGUGGUCCCUGUGAAGCGGCCGCGGGUCACCAUCCCCCUUGUCCGGCGCGUGAAGGCGACGCUCCCCGUCAAGCUCUUCGCCAGAUCAGCCGCCAUCGCCAACAGCUCGGCCAAGCUGAAGCUGAAGUGCAGCGAGCUGCAAACAAUCAAAACGGAGCUGACACAAAUCAAAUCCAACAUCGAUGCUCUCCUGGGCCGACUGGAGCAGAUCGCUGAAGAGCAGAAGUUGUCCACAGAGGUACGGAAGAAGGCGGAGGGCAGCAAAAGCGAAAUCUCGCAGGAAGACACAGCGUCAGAGGCCGAGGUCGCCACGGAGGAGCCGCUGAAUGGGGACGAGGGGGAGGAAGAGGGUCUCGCACGGGAUGAGUGUGAAGAUGAACUGGAGAACAGCCAUUACACAGACGUGGAGGAUGCCAGACUACAGUAACCAGAGCAGCAGUGAGCAACCGCGUGAGGAAAGCACGAGGAUAAACCCUGUCCUGGCACGGUGAGCAAGACAAGCUGAAUCAAAGUGCUGCUGUCAUCUCUGCCUGGCAUUCAAAAGGAGAAACCCGGCCCGACAUCUUCCACCCAUCUGUAAAGCAAAGACAAAAGUCAUCAUCCCAGUGAAUCCCCACUACCCUGUGCGAUGGAUUUGGAGCUCUGCAGCAGCAAAGGCAGGAACCGAACCCUGCACAACCCAUACCCACCACCGACUGGAUAACGAGAGUGGUUGUGUCACCAAAUGAGUCAGACAUGUUACAGAGCUUUUUGUAGGAGAGGAGGGAGAAAAAAGCCUGACCUAAUAAAGACGUUCUUUCCUGUGCUAGGUGAGAGCCAGAGCAUUUGCUGACUGGAGGAAAAGUACUGUCUCAGUUUGGACAAUGUGUGUUCUCACGCUAAAGGUCGUGUUGAGGCUGUGGGGUGAGCUCUCCUCCCACAACGGUCACCUCCUGUCGUGUCUCUUUUGCCCCAUGAGCUGCCGCAGCUGCAGGCGGCAUCCGGGCGGGAAGGAGUCGGUGCUGGUGCAUGUGCUGUGCUCUUUGCAGCUGCUUGGAGAGAGGGAAGGGGACAGGAGGCAAGCGAGUGAUCCCGAGCAGGAGGAGCAAAGCAUACGUCAUCAUCGUUGGUUUGGGCUCCUCGUUCUCCGUCGGGAAACAACUAUGUAAAGGCUGAGCAAGUCUCUGCAGAGUGAGGGGGUGCAAGCACGUGUGGAUUAGACCCUUUUCUUGGCCCAGCUGCCCUGUGGAAGGGAUGUGAUCCACUCGCUUCUCCAGCCCAGUGCCAGAGACGUCAGCCCCUUCCCCAGGGCGCCAGCGUCUCCCCGUGCCGCAGCCUCGCUGGGUCUUCACACCGACCUGGCCCCCGGGAGAGCGGCACGACAGCUCCUGCUCCUGCACCCCCAGCCUGACUGGUCACCGUGAACACCCCGAGCACGAUGCAUGCGGGCGUGCAAGCGCCUCCCCUUCCUGCCCGAAUUCCGGCUGCUUUUGUCCCGUGCCACGUCCCGCGAGCAGAGGGCGGCAGCCAGCAUGCCACUUGGCGUGGGAACCCCCUUACACCACAACACCCAGGGAGGCUCUUGGCCUUUUCUCUUCUUGUUCCUUCCUCCUUCGUGGGUUUAUGUGUUUUUUUGGAGUUCAGGGGUGGGUGGGACUGAGACUCACGUAGCACUUUAUUCAGAUCAGGUGUGUCCUGCCCGUCUCCUCUCUUCCCCUCCAAAACACACACGUCAGUGCUUUGAAUCCGCAGUGGUGUCCACACUUCCUCGGUCAAACUCUCCCACAAACCGUGUGCCCCCCCAGGUCUAUAGGGUGCUCUGAAAGGGGACUCCUGCUUUCUGCUCCAGCGCUCAAAGCCAGACCUUGUCUACGGCAUCGCUCUUUGAGGGGUGGAGGGGAAGACAGGUCCCAGGGCAACGCUUGCCUCCCGAGGGCCGUCCCGGAGCAGGCAUGGCUCUUGAAGCACAAGGUUUUCUUUGCGUUUCUUAGUUUCAAAUAAUUCAUGAGGGAUUAAAGGGAUAACCGUGCUUUCCCCUCCCUUUUUCCGGUUCCUGUACAAUUGAUCCAUUGUGUUGUACUGAGCCGCUGUAGAGCUGUUUUCUAGGCAUUGAGAGAUGAGCUGCAGUUUUUGCUAUGAACUGACUGUGAUGCUGAUGUUUGGGAGAAAGGUGACCUUGUACAUACAAUCCUGUAUAAUAAAAGAAAGAAAUCUAA